GGCUGCACCGGCAGCUUCACCAGCAUCAUGGGGUACCUGUACCACGUUAGAAAGUGUGGGAAGGCUGCAUCGGAGCUGGAGAAAAUGGCCAUGAAGUGCCACCACUGUGGGAAAGCAUACAGAUCCAAGGCUGGGCUCGUCUACCAUCUCCGGUCCAAGCACGGGCCGGUCGCUUUCCUCCACGAGGAGAGGAGAACAGAGUGCCUGAAGGAGGCCAAGCGGGAGCCCGGUCACGUGGGCAGAGUUCAGAGGAGGUCUGCCAAGGUGGCAGCCUACUAUCUGCAUGAGCUGGCUGGAGAAGAGCUGGCCAAGGAGUGGCCCAAGAGAAAAGUUCUGCAGGACCUGAUUCCCGAUGACCGGAAGCUGAAAUACACUCGGCCGGGGCUGCCCACAUUCAGCCAAGAUGUGCUCUGCAAGUGGAAGACAGAGAUAAAGAUGUACCGGAGAGUCCACUGCCCAAACCAGGGGUGCGAGUCUGUAUACGGCAGCGUCUCAGGACUCAAGGCUCACCUCGGCACCUGCACCCUGGGGGACUUCGUGGCAGGUAAAUACAAGUGUCUCCUGUGUGAAAAGGAAUUCAUUUCCGAGAGUGGGGUCAAGUACCACAUCAACUCUGUGCAUGCUGAGGACUGGUUUGACGUGAACACAGCCACCACCAAAAGCUUUGAGAAGCUGAUGAAGAUCCGCCAAAGGGAAGAGCAGAGGAAGCAGCGGAAGAAACGUCCUUUGACCCGGAGCAAGAAGAAGAGAACUGGGCCCCCGGCUGCCAAGAAGCUGCCAGUUGCUGGGGUUGAAAACACGAGGAGAAGUAAGAGAGGUCGCCCACAGCGGGAGGACGAGAGCGUGAGUAGCGAGGAGGGGGAUCCCCAAGCGACACAGAGAGCUGAAUUCCCGAAAACCAGCCGCAAGCGAGGCCGGAAGUAA